AUGAGCCUCAGACACAACACUGCCUCUUCUUGUACCGGUGUCAACCCAUUUGGAACCCUACAGGUGUCUCUGCUGCUGGCCCUGCUCCUGACUGCACUAAUUCCCUGCGCCAGCCGACAAAUUAGCAAUGAAGAAGAUUCAUUAAAUAUUGAACUGCGCUGCACGUGUGUAAAGACCAUAUCUGGAAUUCAACCCAGUUAUAUCAAGAAUUUGCAGGUGAUCCGGAGCGGACCCCAUUGCCACAAAGUUGAAGUGAUAGCCAUAUUGAAGGAUGGAAGGAAAAUCUGCCUGAACCCAGAAGAUCCUAGAAUCCUGAAAAUAGUGCAGAAAAUUUUGGAAGAUGCUGGACCAGCUGCUUAAUCGUCUCUUUACAUUUUCUUUAUUCCUUUUUUUUUUUUAACCGAAACCUUUUAUCCCCCAGAAGGAUUGGGUUUAUAAAGUGUUGCAUUUCUAAA